UGGUUGCGCCACUACGCACGUCUGGCCGGCCGCGGUUCGUCGCGCACAGCUAAAGCUGUGCAACAAAAGCAACAGUCCGCAGCUGCUUCGACCCAAGUCACUCGCAAUCUGCAAGAAACGCAGUUAAAAAACAACGUCAUCAUGCAGAGGAUACUCAUCGCCUUGGCCCUCUCCCCGGCCGCGGCGUACGUGACGCCGCUCGCCGCGCGCAAGCCGCUGACGGGCCUGCAGAUGCAGUCCGGCGGGCCUGCAGAGUUGUACAACUCCAAGGGCGUGGCCGUCUCUUCGUCGACGACGGCGCUGCCGGAAGUCGUCGCCGAGGAUGAAGUGAUUGAUCUCAAGCCGGAGGCCGUCGAGGCCGUUGUGGUCGGCGAGGAGAAGGCCGAGGAGCCGGCGGCGCCGGAGCCCAAGGCCGAGGAACCCAAGGCUGAGGCGGCGCCGGAGUCGGCCAAGUACAAGGGCGUCGACGGCAUCGAGAACACGCGCGCGACGCUCGUCGGCAACGCAAGCAGAGACCCGGGCGCAUUGGUCUUCCACCGGAACAAGGACCAGAAGUACGCCACGAUCUACACGGAGCUCGAGAAAUUCUUCCCGGGCGUCUGCCCUGAAUUACCUAGACCGGCCCUCUUGGACGGCACGCACCCGGGCGACUACGGUUUUGAUCCCGCGGGCUUCUGCACGACGAACGCCGAGCUCUACAACCAGAUGGAGGCGGAAGUGAGACACUGCCGGUUGGCGAUGCUCUGCGCCGCGGGCUGGCCCAUGGCCGAGCUGUGGGGCCAGGACUGGUUCGACGGCUACUUCCUGGCCGACGGCGGCCGCGCGCCGUCCAUCCUCAACGGCGGUCUGAUUUCUGAUGUGCAGUUCCCGCCCCUGCCUACGUUAUUCGUGCUCGGCUUCUUCGCGUUGUAUGGCCAGCAGGAGCUCAAGACGCUGGGCACGCUCAAGUGCCAGACGCUGUACGGGAAUGUGCACAAGAAGGACCUCGAGGGCCUCGGCGAGGAGUGGCCCUGGGGCGUCGCGGGCGACGAGGACUUCGACCCGCUCGGCUUAUAUGGUCUGUUGGGCAACGACGCGGUCGGCCGGUUCACGAUGAGAGAAUUGGAGCUGAACCACGGCCGCGUGGCCAUGCUCGCGGUGCUGUCGUACGUCAUGCUCGAGAGCGUGACGCACGUGCCGGUCGUGCAGCUGACGCCGUUCCUGUUCGGCAAGUGGUACUGGUAGAUAUGUAUCCUUGCUCGUUCUCGUCCCG